GGCAGAAGAUAUAUAGAGAGAAGAAGAGACGUAUGUGAGGGGUUAUCAGCAGUGUAAGGAGGAGGAAAUCCCUACAGAUAUCAGCACAGCAGAUGGACACACAAGCAGGAAUAUCUCAGAAGGACAUCUAAUGUUAUCCCUGGAUUGUGAAAUAAAAGAAAUUGACAGUAGACAGGUUUCUCCAGGGGCUAACCCCAUUACCCCAAUUAUACAUCCAGCUCUAUCAGCUGGUCCCUCUGAUCCUGGGAAAUGUUCUCCUGAUCACUCUGAUAUUGGUGCAUCUGUUACAGCUCUGACAGUAGAUACAGUGUUUCCCUGUUCUAUAGAUGCCAAAUGUUUUACACAGAACACAAAGCCUAUUAACCCACAGACAGGUAUGGCAAGUGAGAGGCCAUUCCCAUGUUCUGAGUGUGGGAAAUGUUUUACAUACAAAUCAGAUCUUUUUAGACAUCAGAGAAGUCACACAGGUGAGAAGCCAUUUUCUUGCUCUGAGUGUGGGAAAUGUUUUACACAGAAAUCAGAUCUUAUUACACAUCAGCGAAGUCACACAGGUGAAAAGCCAUUUCCAUGUUCUGAGUGUGGGAAAUGUUUUGCACACAUAUCAAAUCUUGUUAUACAUCAGAGAAGUCACACCGGUGAGAAGCCAUUUUCUUGCUCUGAAUGCGGGAAAUGUUUUACCUGGAAAUCACAGCUUGUUACACAUCAGCGAAGUCACACAGGUGAGAAUCCAUUUCCAUGUUCUGAGUGUGGGAAAGGUUUUACACGGAAAUUAGAGCUUAUUGCACAUCAGAGAAGUCACACAGGUGAGAAGCCAUUUCCAUGUUCUGAGUGUGGGAAAUGUUUUGCACACAAAUCAGAUCUUGUUAGACAUCACAGACGUCACACGGGUGAGAAGCCAUUUUCUUGCUCGGAGUGUGGGAAAUGUUUUACAGAGAAAUCACAACUUGUUACACAUCAGCGAAGUCACACAGGUGAGAAGGCAUUUCCAUGUUCUGAGUGUGGGAAAUGUUUUGCACACAAAUCAGAUCUCGUUAGACAUCACAGAAGUCACACAGGUGAGAAUCUAUUUUCUUGCUCGGAGUGUGGGAAAUGUUUUACACGGAAAUUAGCUCUUAUUACACAUCAGAGAAGUCACACAGGUGAGAAGCCAUUUUCUUGUUCUGAGUGUGGAAAAUGUUUUGCACACAACUCAGAUCUUGUUAGACAUAACAGAAGUCACAGAGGUGAGAAGCCAUUUCCAUGUUCUGAGUGUGGGAAAUGUUUUGCACACAAAUCAGAUCUUGUUAGACAUAACAGAAAUCACACAGGUGAGAAGCCAUUUUCUUGCUCCGAGUGUGGGAAAUUUUGUUUAAGUAAAUCACAUCUUGUUUUACAUCACAGAAGUCACACAGGUGAGAAACCAUUUUCUUGCUCUGAGUGUGGGAAAUGUUUUACACGGAAAUCACAACUUGUUACACAUCAGCGAAGUCACACAGGUGAGAAGCCAUUUCCAUGUCCUGAGUGUGGGAAAUGUUUUGCAGACAAAUCAGAUCUUGUUAGACAUACAAAAAGUCACACAGGUGAGAGGCCAUUUCCAUGUUCUGCGUGUGGGAAAUGUUUUGCACACAAAUCAGAUCUUGUUAGACAUAACAGAAGUCACACAGGUGAGAAGCCAUUUUCUUGCUCUGAGUGUGGGAAAUGUUGUUUAAGUAAAUCACAUCUUGUUAUACAUCACAGAAGUCACACAGGUGAGAAGCCGUUUUCUUGCUCUGAGUGCAGGAAAUGUUUUACACAGAAUUCACAUCUUGUUACACAUCAGCGAAGUCACACAGGUGAGAAGCCAUUUCCAUACUCUGAAUAAAUCAGCUCUUGUUGCACAUGAUAGACAUUACUCAGGUGAGAAACCAUUUUAAUCUUCUGGAGUAUACUUAUCAUUGCCAUGCUCUGUUCUUCAAUGUUCUUAUUCUAUCUCGUAUGCUUUUUGCAAUAUACAUGCUACCACUGGGUGAAAUAAUCAGAUGUCAUACCCUCAUCUACCACUGCUAUGCAGAUGACCUGCCUUUUGCUCCAGGUACUGAGAACCCAGUACCAAUCCUAAAUGGUUGUCUAGCUGAGCUCCAGGUAUGGGUGAUGACAGUUGGCUUUGACUCAGUCCUGGUGAAACAGGUCCUUAUGAUAGAAGCUCACGAACAAAGGGCAGGGCUACAGCUCAGCUUUGCAAACCAACCAGACACGCUUGUAGAUUCAGUUACAAAAUGCUGAUCAUGUGCGGAAUCUUGGUGUCCUGGAUGGUGAAGUGACACUUAGACAUCAGGUAUCUGCCGCAAUCAGAUCCUCAUCUGGGGAACAUAGCCAGACUCCAGCACUUAUUUCCCUCAGAUGAUCUACCUACAGUCAUACAUGCACUUGUAUCAUCACGCAUAGAUCUACCUGGGUCUCCCAACAAAAGAAUUGCAGCUUGUACAGAAUGCAGCAGCCAGUCUGUUACCUAACCAGCUCAUUCCUGCCGCAUAACACCUGUUCUCUACUCCCUUCACUGGCUGCCUGUAAGAUGGUGACUCUAUUACAUAAUCUACAUACUGACUCUCCUAGCCCUACAUGACCAGGGUCCAAGGUACCAGAAGCAGCUUCUGCAUCCUUACUGCCCUGGUUACUUCUAUCUGCAGAUGAAGGACUGUUACCAGUACCAAGAAUCCCCAAGAAGUUCUGAGAUGGCAGGGGAGACAGGGUGGGUGGCACUAGUGCUGUAGCAGGGGCUGCCAGAGGCACUGUCUGGGUAAUAUCCCCAAGCAGCACUAAGAUGUUAGAGGGGAAGACAGGGCAGG